AAUAAAAAAAUUAUCAUUACCUUGGUGCCUUUGCUGAGUUCUAUUUCUAAAACGUUCGGCCCCAAAGGCAGUAUAUGUUUCUUGCGUUUGACACAUAAUGUAACUGUAUGUCCCGCUCGUUUUAGUGCAUCUACUGCAGUGGAAUGAGGCACACCUACUACAGGUGUGUCAUUGACUCUGGUGAUAAUAUCGUUGACACACAGACGGCCGUCUCGAUAGGCCGUUCCGCCGGGUAUUAUUUUAGUGAUAAAUAUGGACGUGUCGUCGUCCGUUUGUGGAUUGUCUGUACCACCUGAAUUCACAGAGGGAAACACGAAAAGAAAAAACACAAGUAAAUAAAACUUAUACUAGGUCACAACAGCAUUGACAACAAACAAGGAAUGUGGAGAAACGUACCGGCUAUGCUGAAGCCUAAUCCGGAGUCACCUCUCUCCAAGGUGAUCUCGUCGGUGAUCCAUUCGGGUUUGGCGUUGCCGUUCAUCUGGGCGUCCAGACUGAACAGCGACGACACUUUUUUAAUCAUACCAUUCGUGGGUGAGUUGAUCGGCUUCUUUUUGGUGGACGCCGAUCGGUUGAGUUCUUUCAUAAUAAUAAUGUCGCCGCCCGUCGCCCAGACAUUCGCGUCGAGACUUUCGGCGGCCGUUGGCAGACUACUUGUCAGGGGGAUCGGUCGACGUCCGGGACACUAUUUUUGGAAAUCGCGCGCCGAGAACACGGUCACCGCCUACCGUCUAUAUGAUAUUAUUAUGAGAGAUAUAUCCAACCGCGGUUAGCGGACGCAAACGCUUUUUGGUCGCCGUGUGCGCACGUCCGCGUCUUCGAACAGUGGCGGCGCGGCGGCUGUUCCUACUCUGCUCGGCCGCAGACGCUUAUCGGCGGCGGGACAAGAAGGGCUUAUCGCGAGCGCGACGAUUUCGAACAAUAUUGUAAUAUUGUAAUAUUUCAGUCGCGACUGCUGCUGUUGUUGCUGCCGAUACCGCUGGAGUCCGCUGGAGACUGGGCGGUGACGAGACGGCUGUUGGACGGGUGGCGCGAGAAAAAACCGAAACGCGAAACUGUCGUACGAACAAAAAAAAAUAAAAUAAAAAAUAAACAAAUAUUUCGACGUUUUAUUUUAAUAAUUGUUUUUUUGCUAAUGAGUUUUAUUUAAUUUCAGGAAGGUUUUUUUUUUUUUUUUGUUAUUUUUGUUAUUCUUCUCAUUCGCCUCUCCAGCGGAAUGUUUCUUUUUAAUUAUCGUUUAGAAAAAAAAAAAAAAACAUCAUUUUAUUUACGUACCUACCUACGUACCAUACACACGCACUCACACGCACGCACAGUCGUCACUCGCGUAUACGCCGCACGGUGUACACGAAUUCCACGACCCAACGAAAACAAUUGGUGAUCCAGGGGUUACCAAAACGCGAGGAGAAUGCACCGACGUCCGCGUCCGGAUGCUACCUACAUGAUGGCAUAAUAUUAUUUAUAGUAACCGUAAAUAAUAUUCUAUAGUCGUACGUCACGACGCCAGCGCCGGAUUUUUGUACAACGGUCGCGGGUGCACGAAAGCGUAUUUUUUACACGCGUACGCGUCGCAACCGUUUACGUCGAAAUCGUUGUUCAAUAAUUGUGUUGUUGUCGACGCACGCGGACCCGCCCAGCACACUCGCCCCGCUACUACCGCGUUACGCGCUUUAUUUCGGUUUGCACCGCUUCGCGGGCCCCCGGGCUCUAGCCGCCACACCGUGAUUUUCGACGGUCUUUUAUCCGAAAUUGUACGCCCCGUACCGGUUUUCAAGACGAGAAAAAAACGGAAAAAAAAAAAUCCCGCCCCGGCCUAUACCAUAAUUAAACAGCUUGGUAUAUGUCCGGCAUUUCCCGCGGUUAAUCGCGCCGUACCGCUUUUCGGAGCCCGCGUCCGAAACGCCUUUAUCGGUCUUAUCACACCACUCUGUUAUCGGUCGUGCGUUUAACGUUUAUCUCGUCCGAUAAGCGGUGGCUAUACGAUAAAUAAAAAAAAAUAAUAAUAAUAAUAAUAAUAAUGUUUUAACGUUGCUUUAAUUAAUUUUUUCUUUCGAUUUUCCGUUGAUAAUUUUCCAGUUUUCCGUUCAUUGAUAUUCGGCAGUCGUCGGGUUCCGUCGUUUACGCUAGUGGACACAAUGCCCAGCUACGAAAUAUGUUUGCUGUUCAAAGCACUGCCGAAGGUGAAUAUUAUAUUAUUACCUACGUUUAGGCGACUAGAGUGGUUAAAUAUCGUGUUUAUUGCACUAGAAUGGACACCGAAUUUUCUCAAACGGAAAUGUAUAGUAGUGUCUACAGUAGAACCCAUAAUCAGAUUGUAAUUUCUGGGCAGUUGAAUAAUAAUGUAUGAUGGAUAUAAUUUUUAUUAUAUUAAAUUCCUAUUUGACUUGCCCAUUUAUACGAAAAUGUAUUGAUAAAAGGUUCAAAUAUAAAACGCAUCGCGCUAAUUUAACUCUUCUUACAAUUUUAUCAUUUAUUUAAUUGACACCUACUUACUAAUAUCUCAUUGAUAGUAGCUAAAUACUUGUAUUAUUUGUAUUAUUAUGCUGCUACAACAUGAAAAAUAUUGUUUAAUUGUAUUAAAAGCUUUUAAUAAAUCAAUUAUUUGAUACAAGAUGGUUGUUUUAAAAAAAAAAAUUAUUUAAUUUCCAUGCACCUAAGAGGUGUGUUAAUUAGUGAAUAUUUUUAUAUUUUCAUUAUAACAAGCAAUUAAUUAAUAGGUACAUUAACAAAAGCAAAAUGUAUAUUAAUAUUUAUUCAUUACAUAAUUACCUAUUUAAUUAAAUAUUAAUUUUAUCAUCACUUAACUAAUGAACUAUUUUUCCAUGAAAAGCCCAUGGUUAAAAAAUUCCAAAAAUAUUACACAUUAAAGGAAUGCUAAUUAAACGCAAAAGAAAAAUGGCAUGUAGAUAGCAAAUAUGAGAAUAUAAGAUAUCUAUGGAUAAAAUAGAUUCACUAAAAUAUCAGUAUAAAAAGCAUGGUAAAUGUAAAAAAAGUUAAUAGUUUAUUUAUUAGUCUUUAGUUAUAGUUAUAAAAAAAGAAAACUGUCAAGCUGAUUUUCAAAUUAUUUUAUACAAAAUUAUACUUUGGAAACUAAUUUUAAAAUCACAUUUAAACGUAUCAUUCAUAUCCUAUAUAAGUAAAACAACAUAAUAUACAAUUUUUGAACAAGUAUAAAUACCUAGUGCCACAGGCGACACUGGGCCUAAAGUUGUUUUACAAGUCUAAAAACUACUGAGAAUUAGUCGAUUUAAAUGUAUGUUUUUUUUAUAGAGGGCAAUAUGCCAUUGUAAGAAGAGUUAAAUUAGCGCGAUGCGUUUUAUAUUUGAACCUUUUAUCAAUACAUUUUCGUAUAAAUGGGCGAGUCAAAUAGAAAUUUAAUAUAAUAAAAAUUAUAUCCAUCAUACAUUAUUAUUCAACUGCCCAGAAAUUACAAUCUGAUUAUGGGUUCUACUGUAGACAUUACUAUAAAUUUCUGUUUGAGAAAAUUCGGUGUCCAUUCUAGUGCAAAAAACACGAUAUUUAACACGAUUGUAAACGUUUUUCCCUGCUAAUCUUUAUGCAACAUUGCCAUAUCAGUAUUGUGUAUCAAUUUGUCACUGAUCAUAGGAUAAUAAUAAUAAAUAAUUUUUAAAUUAUAAAAAUGUGUAUUAUUAAUUAAUUAAUUUUAUUUUUUAUUUUUUCGAUUUAUAUGUCCUUCACUGAGAGAACUAGGACCCAGGAAUUUUAAAUAACUUUACAAGUACAUAAAUUUGUCGUACGAGUUUUGAGAAACAGUUACAGCCACCCACCCCUAAUGCCGGCCUGAUUAUAGGUGAGGUUGAGAAUUUUAGGUAUCUAGAAAUUUGUGUACAAAAGAACAGUGGCUUUCAUGAGGAUGCAUAACAUAAGAUUAAGUGUGGUUGUAUAAAGUGAAGGAAAAUGGCAGGUGUUUUAUGUGUCAAGAGAAUUCUAAUGAGACUUAAAGUAAGUUCUACAAAAGUGUGGUGAGACUAUGUUAUAAGGUUCAGAAUGCAUGGUAAUAGACAGGAAAUUAAAACAGAGAAUGAGUGUAGCAGAGUAUGCUUAGAUGGAUGAUCAGUGACGAAAAAAGAUAGGAUAAGGGAUGAGUACUUAAGAAGUAGCUUAGUCGUUGAUUCAAUAGUAGACUAAAUGAUAAAAAAUAGAUUGAAAUGAAUUGAGUAUAUCUCGGGGAAUCUAGUGCAAUAAGAAUUGUAAUGAAAAUAAAUGUAAGUGAAAAGGGGUGAGAUUGAGAAUGAUAUAGCCAAUGUAUAUCAGUUGGGAGAUUAAGUCAAGUUUAGAAUGAGGGCGGUUGACCCUAAAUAGAAAUGAAGGUAAAGAAGAAGAUUGCAAAUUUCAAAUAAUAAUAAUACAUGCUUCAAUACGUGCAUACUAUAUUGUUCGUUGGUACUGUAAAAUUGCUUGUUGUAAGUUUUUUGAAAAUGUUUGAACGUUAUUAUAAAACCUUAUCACACUUAUUUUUACACAACAAAAUGUAAUUUUACAGUAAUAUUUGAGAUAUUAAUGUAGUAUAAGUCUCACCUAAAUAGGUUCAGUCAUUUUUGAGAUUAGUCAAGACAAACAUAUAAAGUCUUCAAUUUUAUUUACCUAUAUAAUAGUAUUAAUAUUAACUUUAAUAACAGAAAUUAAUUUCAAUUUCAUUUUUUAUAGCAACAUUAAAUAUGUACAAUGUAAAGAUAGUGUCUUAAUUAAAUCAAACAAUUAAAUCUAUUUACAUUGAUAAAUUCAAAAUAACAUUUAUAUUUGUUUCACAACUUGAAAACGCCUCACAAAUAAUCGUUUAAUUUUUAUGUAUAAAAUAUUUUACUUUAAUCCACUUUAAACUGUUCUCAAUCAAGUCCAAAUGGUCACAGUUUUGUAUCUUCCCAAGAAUAUUUUUUUCAGGGUACAAAUAUUUUAAAAUAAAAUAAAGAACAAGGGACAAUUUUUUAUUAAAGCAAAUAUUAUUAUUUUUAGAUAUUAUAUUAUUUUUAAUUUUUUAGUUCUUAAUAACAACUGAUCAAAAUAUCUAAUAAUCACAUUUUUGUAAUAAAAUUUAAUCCUUUACUUGAUACAAACUUAAAGUUUAUAACUUUAAGCAAAGUAAAGUUAAGAUUAAUAUAUGCAUUUAGCAUUGGGUUUUAUUUCACAAAUGAACACAUUCUUUACAUUUGAUAAUCUUAUUACUUACCUAGGUACUCUAAACUAAAAACCUAAAUCUGGUUUAAAUUUAUAUUGUAGGAUUCAAGCCGAGAUUCUUAAUAAUAUUUAUAAAUUCUUAACAUACUGACCACUGAGGCAAUGUAUUUGGUUUUGCUUAGAUUUCAUCGGAGUUAAAUAUUCUUUAAUAUUAUAUCAAUUAUCCAAAAUAAUAGCUAGAUAAUAAUUAAUACAAAUACAUUUUAGAGCAUUAUAUUAUAUAUACUAUAAAUAGUUAAGUAUCUUAUCGUAUAAUAUAUAUGUUACGGUGAAUGUUGAAAAUUUGAUAAUUUAACAUUUCUGUUCAGUAGAUUCAAUUUUGUGCUGUUAUUUUAAUCUUAGAAUGAAUUAGCAGAUUAUCAAGCUUAAGGUAUGAAUACUAACUAUUUUUUUAUAUUAGUUUUUCAAUAUUUUGAUGUUUAAGCAAAUAAAAGCAUAUGGAAUAUUACAAUUUAAAAAAAUUAAAAAAAAAAAAAAAUUAAGUACCUAUUUAAAAAAAAUAAAUCUAUGUACAAACACAGAAAAUGUUCUUACUUGUAAGUUUGAUGAUAAGCCAAUUCAAUAUAAUAUCAAACUAACAAACAAAAUUGGUUAUACUGAACAGAAAUUUGACUUAAUAAAGUUUUAAAUAUUAAUAUAGUAACAUAUAUUAAUUAUUAAAAAAACGACUUUUUAAUGUUACUUAAUACUAUUCAUUUAGUCUCUAAAAAUGUAAAUAUUUAUGCGAUAUUAUCAGAAUAUUUAUGAAUGGAAUUUUAUUUUGUUUUAUUUACUAAAUUAUAUAAUUUAUUAGUAUAUUGAAUAGUAUUACAUAUUAAACAAUUUAUAUUAGGCCUAAAUGUACAGGCUUUUCAAGAUAACUAAGUAAUAAUUAAAUAACUAUCUGAAUAAAUGUGAAUUUCUCCCAAUUAAAAUUUGUAGAAUAGACAUGUCUCCCCCCUCUUAUAUGUAAAAACAGUAAUGUUGAAAGUUUUUUUAUUUUUUUCAUUUUGACUUUUGGAUUUAUAAUAAUUAUAAAUCGAAAAAAAAAACUGUAAUAUGUUUAUAACAUAUACUGAAAAUAAUAUGUUAUACAAAUAAAAUAAAAAGCACUUAUUGUUUUUUAGCUUCAAUUAAAAGAAUGUUUAAAACGAACAGCAAAUCAAAUCUUUGAAUCUGGUGGUUUUAUACGGCGCAUUGACAAUUUGGGUACACAAUCUACUCCCUGGAAGAUAAAUUCGCAUGAUGCAAUAUACAAACAGGCGAGUUAUUUUAUUGUUGAAUUUGACGUACCCAGUUCAGCCUUAGUUUCAUUCAAUAACUAUUUAUCAAGGGACAUUGAUGUAAUUAAACGUACAAUAAUCAAAGUUCCUGAAAAUACUCCUCAACCAGCUUGCACGCUUCAUGAAGAGCUUAAACCCCCAGCAUACAGGUUGGUUAAAUUUUUUAAAUCAUUAUUAAAUAAAAAUAAUUAACAUGAUAUUGAUGUUUUCUUUUUAGGGCUGAAGUCAAAGAAAUGAUUGCUAUUGGAAAAAGAAAACGUGAACGAGAAGCAAGAAAGAAAGUACAAUUCAACACUGGUUUGGAUUAUAUGCCAUUCCAAAGAUAGAAUGAUGUUAAAACUGUUGAUUAACUAUUGUAAAUAAUGAAUUUAGAAGUAUUGUAGUAAUUAUAUUAAUAUAAUGUUAAAGUAAUACAAUAUUUUGUGUACAUAUGAAGUAUAUUAUAUUAUAAUAUUAGCUUAUAGGUCAAAAAAUAAUAGAGUAUACUAAUUUACAUUACACAACGAAAAAUGAAAACAGAAUUUUUAACAUUCAAAUAAACUUUAAAUAGCUAUAGUAAAAACACAAUAUAAACUAAAAUAUUUGUAAAAGAUAAACGGUGAAUUUAAUAAUUAAUUUAAAAUGUCUGUAUAAUUUAGGUUGGGAUGUAUGUUACCCAAGAUACCCGGAUAUUAACCUAGGCGAAUAUUAUUUAAUAUGCAGUUGUAACAAACAGAUCAAUGAACACACACGAGUAAUUAAUUUUCUCAUUGGAUUCAAAGACUAGCAUAAUAAUUUACAUAAUCGCCCAGAAUUAAUUGGUUAAAAUACAAUCCAAUGAUAAUUGUCUGAACGCAAUAUUGUUGAAUGAGACUAUCGUCAUAUAGUAAAUCUAAUUAUAUAGUGAUAUAAAUGUUAUACAGUUGUAAAAUCUUAAAAAUAUUUUGUUGCAAAUAGAAAAAAAGAGAAAAUCAUUAAGUCAGCGAUUUUUAUAGCGCUCAAAGUAUUUUACCUAUUUAAAAUUACUAAUCUUAAACUAGACUACAAUCUUGAAAUGACUAGGAAAAAAAAUGGCCAACAAUAAUUUGUUAUACCAUGUUAUAGUUACUUAAUAUUAAGGUAAUAAGGUAUUUAUUGCACAAACUUAAGAUUAGAUUUCCAUAAUUUUAAACAUUAAUUACUAUUAAGAAGAAUGAUUGAAUGUUUGAUCACAAUUAGGUUGCAAUAAUGGUGAAUGAAGUAGGAUUUGUCUAGAGUGUGAUUGACAAAUGUGCGAAAAACGUUUGUUUCAUCAUAUAAAAUCUGAAAAAAUUGAAAUGAGUCAACAUAUUUAACUGAUUAAUAGGUAUUAGGUAUAUUAUAUUAUAUUGUAUUAGGUUCUGUUAUAAUAGUGUAUAAGAUGAGAGCUCUGGGGAGUUGGGGAGAUUAUGUGGCUGAUAAUUACACAAUUGAAACUAUUUUUGAUUUUGGCGAUUGGAGAACGGGGGAUGAUAUAUAUAAAUUAAACUAUGAUAAUCAAGGUGAGACAACUUUACUAUAUACUGGUUCUAUUACUCAUAAAAAUGUGUCAUGUGGCUGGUCGUAUAUAUUUACCAAAAGAUUACCAUAUAUUAAAACAAAAAUUAUACAUACAUUAUGUAUCAAAACAAUAAUGUGCCCUGCCCAGGCCAUAUCUGGAAGGAGGGGUUUAGAGGUUCAAUUCACUCAACAUUUUUUAAAGUUUCAGUAUAUAGUAUAACUGUUGUAGAUUAUACUCUGUAGUUAUGAACAUAAUAGAUAAUUUAAUUUAAAACUUGUCUGAAAAUUUGGCAUAUAUCGGUUGUGUGUACCACUGUACCUUAGUUUAGUAGUAGUCUUAGUAUUAUACAAUAUAUAAAAAUAUGUUUAAAAUAUAAGCAGUGGUGUAGCUGGAUAAUAUUCAAGGGGGAGGGGCAAAAUAAUUUAUUUUAUUUUACAAUAAAAACCCUGGCCCCCUUUGGUUUAAAUAUAUUUUAGAUUCUGAAUGGAGCAAGGAAUGUGUUUAUUUUACAAUGAUGUUUAUUUUUUUUUCUGCGAACAACUUUUCAAUCAGAAACUUUGCUCCGAUUUUUAAGUGUAGUACUUUUUUUGAAAGGAAAAUUGACUGGAGUGGUACUUUGAGGUUGAUUUUGAUUUUCCCAGGGGUUUUCAUAAUAUAUUAGAUAUAAUUGAUAGCACACUCAAAAACCUGAUUAAGUUUUCUGGUAAAAAAGUUGUUUGUAGAAAAAAAUAUAAAAAGUAAAUAUCACUGUAUAACUAAUGCAUUCCUAAUUCAAAAAAAAAUAAUUGUUAUUAAAAAUUAAAAGUAUAAAUAAACAUACCUAUUAGAUAUGUAGCUUAAGGUAUUAAAAAAGAUUGUUUUUAAUUUUUAAUAAAAUUUGGGGCCCCUGAAAAGGAGUUAGCCCUGGGCCAAUAAUUUCAUUAAUCUAGCUCUGAAGUAUAUACUAGUUAAUUAAUAAAACAAUUUUGUAAGUAAUUUCAUAAAGUACCUAGUAAAAAAUAAUAUUUGCACUUAUUUUAUAAUUGGUGAAUAAAUCGUAUUCUUUUUUAACUAAAGAAUAUUCAAAGAUUUGUACUGUUGGAUUAUCAAAGGGGGGGGGGAACUCCCGCCAAAAUUAUGCCACUGAUCAGGUACUAUUUUUACAUAAUUUUAACCGACCGUCGCUGCCGUGACUCUCGUCGUCAGCUGAAUGCUGUCUGCUCGAUCUUGAAUUCUGUUUGGACAAAAAC